AUGUCCGCGCCGAAUUCGAGAAAGCGAGCGGCGCCAGGCGCGUCACCAAUGGUGAACUACCCGCAGCGCAUGCAGCAGCCGUUUCCUGCGGAUAAUGCUGUUCCAGACAAUAUGCUGAGAUGGAACGGCGACGGAACUGACUUUGUCGACACCUCAGCACAGGCUGCCAAUCCGUACGGCUUGAUGCCUACCCAACCUCAGUAUACACAGGUCCCCGCAACUUCCAACAGUCUUGCGCGACGAGACAUGAAUCAAGCACUGAUUGCGACGCAUCCUCGAAACUUUGACGCUUCCGUGGAGCCCAACGUUGAGGCGCUGGAGGAGAUGGCGCAAAAGGCGAAGCGGGAUGCUCAGGGCAAGCGGAAGGGGAUUCCACCGUUUGUUCAGAAACUAAGCAGCUUUCUGGAGGACCCGAAAAACGAACACUUCAUUCGCUGGUCAGAAAAGGGCGACUCCUUCAUUGUUCUUGACGAGGAUGAGUUUGCCAAGACUCUUAUCCCAGAGUUGUUUAAGCACAACAACUAUGCCUCUUUUGUUCGGCAACUCAACAUGUAUGGCUUCCACAAACGGGUGGGCUUGUCGGAUAACUCGAUGCGAGCGAGCGAGCGCAAAAACAAGAGCCCCAGCGAGUAUCAUAAUCCCUUCUUUCGACGGGGCCACCCAAAUCUACUGUGGCUCAUCAACAAGCCCAAGACAAGAUCGUCUAAAAAGGCGUCCAGCAAGAAUGAGGGUCUCGAGGUCGAUAGUGACGAAGAUCAGAUCCUAGAUGAGGGAACUACUCAGAACGUGACAGCUGGACCAAGUGCACCACCACCUCGGGCCCUGCCUCCACCACCCUCAGAAUCUCAACAGCUGCCCAAGAAGGAAAUGUCGUUGAUCAGGGAGGAGUUGACCAAGGUCAGAGAGCAACAGAAGAUGAUUCUCGGGGCAAUCAACCGAUUACAACGCAACAACAACGACUUAUACAACCAAGCACUCAUGUUCCAGUCCCAGCACGACCGACAUCAGAACUCUAUCAAUGCUAUCCUCAACUUCUUGGCAAACGUCUUCAGAAAGACCCUAGAAGACCAGGGCAACACACAGAGCGUCAGCGACAUCAUCUCAAGCAUGAUUACCAACCAAGGGCAGCCGUCACACCAAGGCAGUGUGGUCGACUUGGGGGACUUUUUCCAAUCAACAAUGGAUCCCACCGGAAACAUGGGCAGCACCCACAAACGAGCCCGCGGCUUGCUACCGCCCAUCCCUGAGCAAGGCAACGCUUCUAAAAGCAAUCUGAAUGCAUCGACGACCUCAACGCCAUACUAUCAAUCUAGCAAUCAGAAUCCAGAAAUGGGCCACGUCACCGAGUUAGUUGACGGGUCAGAGACGCCGCCCAGCCUACGGCAGGAACUCGAGUCCAACCCCCACGAACGCAUGAUGAAGAUUAUCAACGACCACAAUGCCACCAACACGUCUGGAAUGGACCUCCCCGAAGCGGCGGAACUCGUAGCCAACGCGCCCAACACUCUGAAUAAGGACCAGAGAAGCAAACUCGUCGACUUCAUGGCCGGACAGUCAUCAGCAUCACCUCCCUCCCAACCACCAUCCGCAUCCACAUCCGCAAAACCCACGCCAGCUGCUCAACCGCGCUCCAACAAAGGCAGCGUCUCCCCGGCACCAGCAUCAGCACCAAGCGAAAACACCGGCCUCCCGUCCCUGUCACCCAUCAUGCGCUCACCACAAAUGGUACCACCGUCGAUAAACCAAAUCAACACGAAUCAAAUGGACCUCGACCAGCUCCAACGCCUCCAGUCCGACCAGGAUGCCAAGAUCCACGAACUCAGCGAACUACUCGGCCCGCUCAGUCCCUCGGGCCGCAUACCAGGCAUAGACGACGGCAAUGAAGCAUACUUUGACCAACCACCCGUCGACAUGGACCAAUUCUUUGACAGCAGCGCCUUUUUAAACGAUGCGAAUUUCGGCGCCGACGGAGAUGACUUUAAUUUCAACAUUGACGGCGCGGCAGACGAUCCUCCCAAGAAUGGAGACGGUGAACCCAGUCCCGCGGGCACAGAGGAGAUUCACAGAGACGAUUUGGAUGUCGCACCAACAGAAGGGAAUAAGCGACGAAGAAUGGGGUAA